AUGUCCAGAGAUGCACCUUUAAAAGCGGAAAAGGAUUACACUGAAAUUCUGGCCGAAGAGCUGCCUAAAAUCAGCACUUUGGCGCAAAAUGAUGUGGAAGGUGCUGUAGACCAACUAUUGGUUUUAGAAAAGAAGACCCGUCAAGCCUCGGACUUGGCAUCUUCCAAGAAGAUUCUUGGUGAGCUGGUGGAUCUGUUGGCUUCAAAAAACCAAUGGGAAACUCUGAAUGAACAAUUAGCUUUGCUAGCCAAGAAGCAUGGUCAACUAAAAUUGUCGGUACAAUUCAUGAUUCAGCGCAUCAUGGAAAAGCUGGAUGAUAUUACCGACCGCGAUACAAAGGUAAGUGUCAUCGAGGCUAUUCGCACCGUUACAGAGAACAAAAUCUUCGUGGAAGUGGAAAGAGCCCGUAUUACACGCAUAUAUUCUCGCAUAUGCAGAGAAGAGGGCAAGAUAGAUGAGGCUACAGACUUGUUAUGCUCGUUGCAAGUAGAAACAUUUGGCUCAAUGGAGAUGUACGAGAAAAUCGGUUUUAUUCUCGAACAGAUGGAACUCAGCAUUCUCAAGGGCGAUUUUUCGCAAGCCACGGUUCUUUCGAGGAAAAUAUUAAAGAGAACUUUCAAAAACGACAAGUACGAGGCUCUGAAACUUGAAUAUUUCAACCUUUUGAUCAAAAUUGGUUUGCACAAAUCCGACUAUCUGCAAGUGGCCCAGUAUUAUCAGGAAAUUUACAACACGGAGUCUAUUCGUGCAGACGACGCAAAAUGGAGAUAUGCCUUAUCUCAUGUUGUCAUAUUUCUCGUGUUGACUCCAUACGAUAAUCUUCAAAGUGAUCUGAUCCAUAAGAUUCAGCUCGACAACAACUUGAAAAAAUUGGAAAAACCAGAAUCUUUGGUCAAGCUGUUCACUACCGCUGAAUUGAUGAGAUGGCCCAUUGUAAAGGAGAGUUAUGAAACUUUUUUGAACGCAGACGAUGUAGCGUUUGGCGCCCGCACUAACCACUGGGAUGAUCUCCGCAAGAGAGUAAUUGAACACAAUUUAAGAGUCAUUUCCAAAUACUACACGCGCAUCAAUCUGUCUAGGCUAAACGAACUUCUGGAUCUUACAGAGGCCGAUACCGAAAGGUUCAUCAGCGAUUUGGUUAACCACGGUGUAAUCUACGCCAAAAUUAACAGGCCAGCCAAAAUAGUCAAUUUUGGGAAACCCAAGAACUCGAGCUCUUUGCUAAAUGAAUGGUCGUCUAACGUCGACCAGCUCCUGGAACAGAUAGAAACCAUUGGGCAUCUCAUCACAAAAGAGGAAAUCAUGCACGGAUUAAAAGCGACUUGA